AAGAAUCGGUUAAAAAAAAAAGAGGUUUUAAAUCGUCCUAUUUUCUUUUCCUUUUUUUUUGAAAAAAAUCGUGCUAUUUUUUUUCCUUGCCUCAUAGUCAUGAAAAAGCAAAAAAUAGUUCCUACACUUGAAAUAGUUUGCCUUUUCUGGGUUUGUUUUUCCAGUUUCCAACAACGAUUUUCCCACUUGUGUGGACUCAAUACCGUCUUAAAAAAUUUAUUGACAUUAGGCGAAAUAUAAAAUAAAAAUCUUUUUAUAUGUUUUUUUCUCAACUUUUAUUUAUUCCAUUUUCAUGAAGUAAAUAAAAAAUUGUGGUAUUCAAACAAAAAAAAUUAAAAAUGAGUUUUUGUGUAUAAAUUAGAUUUUGUUAAUAGAAAAACUGAAAAUGGUGUAAGUUAAUUUUUUGUUCUUGUUGAUUUAAAUUAUAUUUAGUUAAUCAUAUAUUUUUUUUAUUGUAAUUUCACCAACUAAUUGAUAUUUAACAAACAAAAAUAGAUUUUUUUAAUUAGUAAAAUAACAUAAAAAAAAAAUGGACCUAGAACCCAUGGCAAUUGUCCAUGUUGCCAUGGGUUAGAGCCGGCUCUGGUGGACUUCAUCCCUCGUUAUCCAGUGUGGCGUAACAUACAGGAAAAGAACAAGAAGAAAAAUGGGAAGAGGAGCUACAAGCGAUACUUUCAGCAUUUCUGGCCCCAAGCUUCUUAACCCUAUUUGUUGGAACAACUGGCACGACAUAACCGUAGUGGUAGCAUGUUUGGUAAUGGGAGUCUCCACAAUGCAACGGGAUAAGGCAAUGAAACGGGAGGCACUAGCCAACCCCUGGUAUGAAUCCUUCGGUUUCUCUUUACUCGAAACCUUGAUCAACCCAGAUGACAGCUCCAUAUACGGAGCCGUUUACAUGUACAAGCACUACGACAGUUACCAGAAGACCCCUCUUUUGGGGAAACCUCCGCUUUACGUGAUUGCGUUUCGCGGCACGAUGCUAAGCUCAGUAACUUGGAAGUCAGAUAUGAAGCAAAACGUUCGAUGCUUACUCAAUAUCCUUAACCAGGGAAAAAGGGCUAAUAAUGCCAAACGAGCAAUCGAAAAUGUGCUGUCCUAUCCCAACGUCGAUACAGAAUCUGUCUGGCUCGCGGGACACUCUCUGGGAGCAGGCAUAGCGUUGGUGGCCGGGAAGAACAUGGCAAGAUCUGGAUCACCCCUCAAGACUUAUGCAUUCAACCCGCCCCACUCGGAUUUUCCUGUAGAAGGAACUAUUAGAUAGCGAGAAGCUUAAACGCAAGGUUCGGAUCGCCAGGAGUUUCAUCAAAACCACCUUCGCCUCGCUCUUUAAUCUCCAGAUUCAAGAAGACGAUCCAAGGACAAGAGCGUGGACACCUUACUUAUAUGUGAACCCAAGAGAUCCAAUAUGUUUAGGAUACAUUAAUGAUUUCAUACUCAAAAGUGAGAGUGGCCCUGCUAGAAUCUCAGUUAGGAGUCGAGUUUUUGGAAGACGACGAACACCAUCAUCACCCGCAGGGGAACCUAUUCAAUUUCUUUCAUCAGCAGAUAUGACGGUAAACAAGACGGCUUGUAUUCGGACAGCUCAUAAGCUUAAGCAAUGGUGGAAGCCAGACCCAGUCCGUAGGGAAAAUUUGGGAAUUAUACUGCCUGGGCAAUUUACCCGAUACCCGAAACCGCACCCGAACCCGAACCCGACCCAAAAAACUCAAACCCAAAUCCGGACGGAAGUAGCAAAAUAUCCAAAUGGGUAUUGAGUCAGGAGAGAUUUGGAUAUCCGUCCGAAUCCAAACGGGUAAUCGAACUCGAAUGGAUAUCCGAAGAUAACCGAACAUAUGUAUAUUUAACCUUAUAAGAUCAUAUAAUAUACAUAUAAUUAUGGAUUGCUACUCACUUGAAAUAUAUGUCAAGCUUCUUGUUUUGUGCAUUAACAAAAAUUGUAUCCAAAAUUUCAAAACAAUAAUAAAAUUAGUAUCUUUUUAUUUUAAA